GCAAAGCUUUGCCACAGCAGCGGAAGCAACCAGGUAUGAGGCCACCUCAUGCAGCGCUCCUCUUGCUCUUCAUCCUGGCGUGCCUCCGCGGUGCCUACUCCGGUGGCGGACGGAGCCGCUUCACCUCCAUAAUAAGCUUCGGCGACUCCUACGCCGACACGGGUAACUUGGUCAAGUGGGCUGAUCCCGUCUUUCCCGGUCCUCUGCCACUCGAGAACCUCCCCUACGGCCAGACCUUCUUCGGCUACCCCACCGGACGUGCCACCGACGGCCGCCUUGUGCUCGACUUCAUCGCCGAGGCUUUGGGUCUGCCUUUCGUGCCGCCGUACCUCGCCAAGGGGAGCAACUUCUCCGCCGGAGUAAACUUCGCCGUGGCCGGAGCGCCGGCUCUGAACCUGACAUACCUGCAGGGGCAGAAUUUCACAGUGAACCCUCCGAUCAACAGCUCCCUCCACGAUCAGCUCGAGUGGUUCCAGAAACUGAAGCCUUCGCUCUGCAAGGGACAAGGUACUGAUUGCUUCGGGAGCUCCCUGUUUGUCAUGGGAGAGUUUGGAUCAAAUGACUACAGGAACAUCCUCAUGUCCAACAAGACCGUUGAACAAGCCUUAGUUUAUGUUCCUCAAAUUGUUGACAGCAUCUCCAGAGGCGUAGAGAGACUGAUCCAGCAAGGCGCCAAAUACAUCGUUGUGGCAGACGUCUUCCCGACGGGCUGCAUACCACCAAUUCUCACAAUGCUGGCUAGCCCAAACAAGAUGGAGUACGAUCGGCAUGGAUGCCUCAAGAGUGGGAACAGGUUGGGGCGCUCCCAGAACACUCUUCUCCGCCACCGGAUCAAGGUGCUCCGGCGCAAGUACCCGCAUACGACGAUCAUCGCCGCCGAGUACUACCGACCCAUCCUAGCUUUUCUAGAUAUGCCGGGGCAUUUUGGACUGAAUAGCAGCACAACCCUCCUCACCUGUUGUGGUGCAGGAGGCCCUCCUUAUAACUACGACUUCAAUGCAGGGUGCGGCCUGCCGGGUGUGAAGGCGUGCGCAGAUCCAUCUCACGCACUUCAGUGGGAUGGUUUCCACCUGACGGAGUCCGCCUACAGGGUCAUCGCCGAUGGGUGGCUCCAUGGCCCCUACGCGGAUCCAUCGAUAAUGCACGUACGCUCAUAGUUUGUUUCCUACCGGCCUAAGGCGUCGUGUGCACUAUUGUUGAAAAUUCAGAUCCACGUGCAUGCACAAAUUUAUGGCCCUAAAUGUAUCUCGCUUGAAGCACACAACUAAACUAGCAAAGCAACUCGUUCAUUUGCGGGAUCAAA